AUGAGCCGAAAAGGAACGAAGAUGGGACUCGGUGAGUUUCUCACCGAGAACAACAGCAACGUGCGCGCUGCGCCUAUCAACGCAGGUGGUCUGGAGCACCUUCCCCGCGGACCUCGUGAACGUACCGACGAUGACAACGGCGGCUUCCGCGGAGGUCGCGGUGGUGGAAGGGACGACCGCCGCGAGCGUGAACCCAUGCGUGCCGACGGAUCUGACCGAUGGCGCGGAGACCGUGAACAACCUCGUGGUGGAGGAGGCUACCAAGACGACCGACCUCGACGAGACGAACGUGCCUUCGAAGAACGUCCUUCCCACAUGCGCUUGAACUUGACUCGCCGUGGCGAAGAAUCCGCGCCCCCUGCCUCUGGCGGAUUCCGCUCGUCGGAUCGAUUUGCCUCGGCAUCUGACGAUAAAUUUUCUCGCGCGUUCAGCAGCCGAGGUGGUGGCGACGACCGUCGCGAACCUAGCCGCUUUGGUGACCGUGACGGCGGGCGCUUCAACGACGGCCCUCGUUUCGGUGACCGCGACGGUGGCCGCUUCGGCGAUCGUGAUGGUGGCCGUUUCGGCGAUCGUGAUGGUGGUGCCCCUCGCUACAACGACCGUGACGGUGGUCGUCCUCGUUUCGGAGACCGCGAAGGCGGCGGACGCUUCAACGACGGCCCUCGUUUCGGUGACCGCGACGGUGGUCGGUUCAACAACGACGGUCCUCGCUACAACGACCGCGAUGGCGGACGCUAUGGCAGCGACCGUCGCUACGACGACGAUCGAUCGGCCAGUCGCGUGACGUCGGCGUUUGAGCGCCAGACACUGGACGACCAGCCGGAUCCGGCCGAAGUGGCUCGGUUGAAGAAGGAAGAAGAAAAGGCGGCUCGGGACGCGGAGAAGAAGCGCAAGGAGGCGGAGAAGAAGGAGGCCAAGCGCUUGGCGGAGGAAGCGGCGGUGGUCGCUGCCGAGGAGAAGAAGGCGGCGCUUGCGGCGGCGGCGGACAAGGCUGCCAAGGACCGAAGCGUCGUGCAGACGGUGCUGGCGACCGGCAAGAAGGGCAAGGAGCUCGCCAAGGCCGCCAAGACCACGCUCAAGGGCGUGACAGCCGCCGUGGUGCUGGCCGAAGUGGUGGAACACAACAAGGAGUCGGCGAUCACGAGCUCCAAGUGGCUCACUCCGGACGAGUACGGAUCGCUCCUCGAAGUGACGGUGGGCGCGGCGCCUGCCAAGGAGCAGCUCCAGGCGCUGUACGCGCUGCAGCUGUUCAUGCACGAGCACCGCGGCCGCGAAGGCAACCGCACCAAGGGCAUGAUGGAGCUGGCGUUCAAGGCGCUGUACGCGUUUGACAUUGUCUCGGACGAGGCGUUCAUCGAGUACAAGUAUGACACGGAGGACUCGACGGCCGGCAAAAUGCAAGCGAUCAUCGAAACGUCCGAGUGGUUAAGCUGGUUGGAAUCGUACGAAGCCAGCGACGACGACGAAGAAGAAGAGGACGAAUAGACAGCAAACAUAUUAGACAUAUAUAACACGAGUACGUUAGUAGUUUUUCGAUUAACUAACGGGCAAGCCCAAUUGAGUCCACAA